AUGUUCGCCUCCGCCGCUCUCCUCAUCUCCCUCGCCGUCGCCGCCGUCGCCACGCCCUUGGCACACACUCCGAUCCGGAGGGCAAACGACACCGCCACCGUCCAGUUCACGCCGUACAACUCCGCCUCGUGCCAGAACGCCAACACCGAGUCUGCGACACGGGCGAAGACGUUUGUCGUGACGGCCGCUCACUGCGUCACGCCUGGCUACUCGUUCGUGUCGUAUAUUGAGCAGGCCAACCAUAUGGCGACUGUGGAGCCUUGCACGUUCACCAUGUUCCCGCAGGCGAACUGCGCUGGAACCGGUGUCUCCGCCAAUCUGACCGAGUCCUCCCAGUGCGAGACCGUUAGUGGCCAGAGCUUCAGACUCGACUGCAAGGUUUAAGCCAUCCAGAAGGGCACAAGAGGGGUUAUAUACCGUCUGAGUUGAAGGAGGACGCUGGAGUUUUUCGCCGCGACGAAUAACCUUACUGAUAUGCUGGUCUUGCCGGGAGACGUACCCACCUUCGUUUUUGUAUACCUUCGUUUAUAGUUUGCUGUCGGUGCUUUUGGCAAUACCCAGAUUUUUGGAAUCCG